AUGGCUGAUCCGAAAAACGAAAUGGGUACCGAAGCUGGCACAGCAAUGGACAGCGAAAGCGGUAGAGACUCCUCAGUCAGCCCAAUGGAAAUAAAUAUAUCCAACACAAAUUGCAAUUCGAUGAUAGUUCUGAACGAUUUACGUCUGCUGGAGCUGAUAACCAAGUAUCCUUUUCUGUAUAGUAAAGCAGCGCAGCCGGAACAGGACUCGGAAUACGACGAGUGGGCCUGGAAUCAGAUUUCGAAGGAGUUUAAUGCCAGCUACGAGAACUUGCCGCUGAGUGCCCCCUUCUCGGCAGACGAGCUGCAGUGGCGUUGGAACUUGCUGCUACCGACCAUGGGCACCCUUUCGAAGGCGAAGGGACAAAUUCCCUUUCAACUGUGGUCCCUUGUGACGGAGAUCGAACGCUCGCUAAGUACAGAAAAUUUGGAACCACCCAGGGACUUGAUUAUGGCCCAGAACUUUCUACUCACUCAGCUGCCAUUGGUGGAGGCCAUGACGCUCAAUGAGCGUCGGCGACUGGAAGUCGUGUUCCUCGAUAUCUUAUUCUAA